AUGACAUCUGCAAAGCGAAGAGCAAUAAAUCUGAUCAAUCGCCGCCAACGCUUGGAAUUUGCGCUCAGCAUUUUGCCGUACGACCACAGAACUGUGGAGCUGUCGCCGGCACAGAAGCAGGUGGAGCAAAUCAUCACACGACUGCGCACAGACGACACCUCCGGCGAGGAGGAGAGCGGGGAUGAGAAGAUGCGCCAGAAGCAGAGCAGCGCUGCCGGCUUCGCCGAGAAGACGAUGCGCUGCAUCGAGCAAGCCGAAGCCGACGGCGUUGUCUACCCGAAGCCUAAGAAAAUGCUGAGCACAUUAGCGACACUGACGCUGGCUGCUGAGAAGCUGCUGAAAACACAGUGCAAGGUGGACGAGGAGAAUUUGGAAGAGCAGGACGAUUUUAACGAGGACUCGGCUAUGGAUGCGGAGACGGCGCUGGCCAAGCUCGAUCGUCGCGAGCUCAUGGAGAACUCCAUUCAGGCAGUGAACCAAGCGCGGCUCAAGAUGCUGCAGCGUUGGGAGCGCAGCAAGCGCAAGGCGCUCGACCUGCUCAUGAUCGAGAUCGAGAAGCUGCAGACCAUGGACCAGGAGCAUGAGCAUCGAGCGGCACACUUUGACCUGUUCCGCGAGGGCACUGACGAGCACAACACCUCCACGCCCAAGACCAACGAGGACGACGACGAUGAGAAGGAGAAUGACAAUGUCAUUGAGCUGGACGAUGACGAUGAGGAAUAUGUGCCGCACGGUGCUGGCAACAGCAACAAACGCAAGCGGCUGAAGAAGCUCGUCACAUCCACGCCGAAUGGCAAAUUAGUUCUUCCGCACUUUGAGUUCGAUCGUGAUGGCAAGUCGCCCAUGGUCACCAUUGGACCGAAUGGCACGCAGAUAUCGCGUGCUACCCUGAAGAGCAUAAACUGGGCCAUGUCUGGCCCGGCCAUAACACGAAAGUUGCUCUGCGAGAUCUUCGAUCGGGACACCUUGGCCUUCCACACGCUCUCUGGGAAGCCCUCGCCGGCAUUCAAGGACUGCGCUCGGCCCAGCAAGCAGCAGCUGGACCCACUCAAGGUGGCCGACCUGGUCUACCUGAUGACCAACAGCAUGCAGAUGACGCCCAAAGAGGUGCGCACAGCCAUCACGACCAAGUGCGCCGACGAAAACAAAAUGCUGCGCACUCGACUGCAGCGACGUCCACGCAAGACCAUCUAAUCCCAUCUAUCCUAUCGUAUUUUAGCAACUAAGACUUAGCUUUAGGCCCAGUGCAUCGAAUUUUAAAUUUCUAUAGA